GCAUCAUUAGGCCCUGAUUGGCUCCAGACGGAUUCACGUGUGCUCAAUGGCACGCCUGAGGGGCGGGACUUCGCGGGGCGGCUUCCCCACGUGACCUCUGGCUGGUCGGACGUUGGUGAGGCUGGGGACUCCCAGGCCGCCUACUGAACUUGUUAUGAGUCAGCCUGAUGCGUUAGCCUUCCUCUCCCUUCGUCCCUUCACGACCAGACCCAGAAACCAGAGCUCCACGACCUAGAGAUUCUUGUGGCUGGAGAUCUUGUGACCUUGACCUGUACCAUCAAAGGCACCUGUGCAGAGAAACCAAAGCCCUUUUCUUUUCCUGGAAUUGGCCCACUCUGUCCUCCAACACAGACGGCUCCAGCAACUCCUCCUCCUGGUGCCGCACUUCACCCCAAAGCCUCAGGAUUAUGGCACCACUCUCAGAUGUUAUUUGAACUUCUCCCUAGCUAAGUUGACCAGAAGUAGCAUGGUCAUGUUCCAGGCGGUCUCACCCACUAGGCUGCUCUAUUCAUCUUGCUCCUUGGAGAAGACUCUACAGUGCAACUGUUCGUUCCAUGGGAUCCCUACACCCUCUGUGCAGUGGUUGAUGGAAGGUGUUCCUGUGGAUGUGAACAGCACAGACAACAUCUUCCAGGUGACUUCCACCAUAAUUGGCCCCUGGACCAACAGCACCGUCAGCCUCAUAGGGGAGCCAGAAAUAGUCAUGAGUCUCCGCUGUGAGGGGAAGAACCAGUAUGGAACCCAUACUUCAAGCAUCUUCCUCCUACCAGAUAAACGUUCAGUUUACAGUGUGUUCAUGAAGGGGCUGAUCCAGGGCCUUGUGUAUGGAUCCAUUGCAUCGGCACUGUUCUUCUUCUUCCUUGUCCUCCUUGCAAUGAAGAUUCUUAAAUGGUGGGAGGACAGUCACAUUCCCAAGGCCAGAGAGUCCCCAAUUAUCCAGAAGCCAGAGCUGCCGGAGGAGCCAGAAACAGCCGUGGAGUCUGAAGCCAAAACUCCUGGGCCUCAAUUGGAGUCUAGGGCUCCCGAGAGAGGACAGACCAUGGACAGACAUACUCCCAGACGGAUCAAGACACACGCAUGGAUCGAAAAUGCGGAGACCGACCGGCCCAGCCAGACCUCACAGACCUACAGGGCAGGAGCAGCGACUUUGUCUGAGAAUCUAAGACCGGAGACCACCGCUAGGAGCUCACGCAUUCCCUGGGCAGACAUCCCCCAAAAGACUCCUAGGUGCUGGGCCUCUUGGUCAGCCCCCACCAGGGACACACCUGCUUCCUGCCCUUGAGCGACACGGUCUGGGCCGGCAGGCGGACGUUCAGGAGCACGGAGGAUGGACAGAGGAGCCUGGGGGGAGGCAGCGCUAGGAAAUGGGCUAAUGCUGUGGCAGAGGCCACACGGGCACUGUGACCCAGAGCGACAGUCACCCUCCUGAGGCCUCGGGCGCUACCAAGCAAAUCCGCCCUCGGCGUUCUGCAGAGAGAAACAGGGAGCUGUGGGAGGGAAGCGCCCGAAACACUAAAGAAGCCCCAGAGGCCUCUCUGCAGGGACACUGGGGAUCAUGAAGCCCGUCCUCCACACCCCCACAUUUCAAACGGGGAAACCGAGCCUCAGAGUGCCUCAGGCCACACAGCAACGCUGUGCACUGCUCAGGACCCCUCCAUCCCAGGACUUUUGAUCCCUGGAGCAGCUCUCCCCAUCCCUGGCCAUUUUCUCCUGCACUAAGAUUCUAGUGCACAGGUUGCAAAAUCAAAAGCCCACCUUGGCCCCGCAGGUAACAAAAUGGGUGCCGUUGGCCUGGUGGGGACCUGGUCCAUCUUGAGAGCAGGCUCCCCACCUGAAGGGGGUGCCAGCAACAGCGAACUCAGCUCCAACUCUUACCUCCCGGCAGGAAUGAGAUCUGAACUGCUGGGUCUUCUGGUUUUUGUUUUAAUCUAUCUGUCAUCUACCUCUGUCUGUCUAUCUAUCUAUCUAUAUCUAUCAUCUAUCCGUCCUCUAUCUAUCUAUCUCUGUAUUUUCAGAAGAAUCCAGACACCUAGAUUCUAGUGUGAAAUUUCUGGAUUCACACACGUUAGUAACAGUGUUUAAAAAGCACCAUGGGUCCUGGGGCGCCUGCGUGGCUCAGUCAUUUAGGCAUCCAACUCGAUUUUGGCUCAGGUCGUGCUCUCAUGGUUCGUCAGGCUCUGUGCUGACAGUAUUGGGAUUCUCUCUCUCCCUCUCUGUCCUUUCCCACUCGUACACUCUCUCUGUCUCUCAAAAUAAAUAAACUUAAAAAAAAAAAAAGGCAGCAUAGAUCCAUGUAAAGCCCCGUGUGAACCUAUCACUUGCAAGUCUGAUCAGAAGCAUAGACCUGGAGGAGACACCUUUUCUCUAAACACACCUCCUGCCAAAAGGAGGUGUGGUCAUUCAGAAUGCCAGGGGCCUUGCCCAGUGGAAACAGUCCCCAGACCUUGGGAAGGGGCUUGGGUCUGGAAGAAUGAGGAAGAAUUAUUUGGGUGGAGAAGGACGUUCCAGGAAUUCGUCCACUCUGCCACAAAUGACUGCAGUGGCCCCGUGUGCCAGGCCCUGGGCUGGGGACACAGAUGAGUGAGGUCCAGGUGCUGCGCAGCCAGGGCUGCGUAGGGGGAGCAUCUGGAAGGGGAGGGGCAGGGGCCAGCCCUGGGAAGAGAGCGUGUGGCCCCAGCUGGGAGCCGGAGCAUUGCCCUCGCGCUGGGCAGACGUGCUGGGGGCAGGGGAGCCACAGAAGGGAAGCUAGGAGGCAGGAGCCCUAGCGCUCCCGCAAGGGGGCGACGACAGGGAGAAAGGAGCCGGGCAAAACGCCACCGGCUGGGCCCGAGGAGUCACCCAGCCCGCUCUCCAGAGAAGCUAGAGGGACUGAUGCUUGGAGGGCACACAAGGCAAGUUCAACUUCAGCGGCCAGCGGGUUAAGGACUCCCAGACACGGCGAUACCUAGUUCAGGAAAAACGGACUGUCCCCGUGGGGGAGUGGCAGGGUGGCGGGGGCGGGAGCCCGCAGCAGCUCCACAAACAAAGAUGAGGUUGGAAAACGCAUCCCCGGCCAAGGAGCGGCUGCAGGGCCGACCUCUUUCUCCAGAGUCCCUGGCUCCCCAUCCAUCUCACACGCCCUCCCCCAGCCCGGUUCCAGGCUCAGUUAACCCCUGGUGUGCCCGCACCGUGCUGCGCUUGGAGGAUGGAGGACAGGGCUGCCACUGUCCCUGCCUCUCCAGCGGAGGGAUCCCUCGAGGUCACUGCAGCACGGCCGAGAGAGCAUGGAGCUUCGGAAUCAGCCGCCGCGCGCCGGGACUGGGCUACCUGUGCCGGGACCCCAGCGCUGCCCUAUCCCCAGCUUCAUCUGCGGAAUGGGACCAUAACCUCCUGCGUCGCUGUGAGGGGGGAACGUGUUCCCGGCUACCUGGCACCGCGUGACGUUGAGGGCCCCGGCUGGCAGCUCUCGUCGGUUUGAGCUCUUUGCUCCAGGUCCUGUUCUAAGCCCAUCAACAUCCUCGCAUUUGUCUCCACCAGAGUCCAACCCAGGAAACAACCAGUAGCCGAUCCACAUGAAGAGAUUUAUUGUGGGGCGCCUGGGUGGCUCCGUUGGUUAAGCGCUCGACUUCGGCUCAGGUCACGAUCUUGCAGUUGGUGGGUUCGAGCCCCGCAUCGGGCUCUGUGCCCGGACCCUGCUUCGGAUUCUGGGUCUCCCUCUCUCUGUCCCUCCCCCACUCACACUCUGUCUCUGUCUCUCUCUCUCUCUGGCUCUCAAAAAUAAACAAACAUUGAGAAAAAGAGGGAUGUAUUGCAAGGAAUUGGCUUAUGUGGCUGUGGGGCUGGCUCGGCACGCCUGACAUCCGGAGGGCAGGCCGUCAGGAGGCUCUCAGGCUCCUGAAGCUAUUGUCCCCCAGCCGAAUUUCGUCUCCUGGGAAUCCAAUCUGCUCUGAAGACCUUUCAAAUGAUUGAAUCAAGCCCACCCAGAUUAUUGAGAAUUAUCUCAACUGAUUAAAGAUGUCAGUCACACCCAUGAAAUACCUUUGGGGCAACACUAGGUGGAGGUUUGACUGAUGGGGACCUCUGGCCCUAGCCAAGUUCGUGCGUAAAACUGACCCCACCAUUUGAUCCCCACCCCAGUGCUGGGAGGUGGAUGCUAUUAUUAUUUCCAUGCUGUAGGGAGGGACAACGAGACUCAGAGAGGUUAAGGAGCCUGCCUGAUGAGCACAGAUAGAGAGACAUGGGAGCCAGUGCUCCAACACCCCCUACCCGCCCUGCCUGGGGCAGUGAGUAUCUUCAACUGAUAUUAAUAACACCCAGCACAUUUCCAGGGACAUGACAGUGGCAGUUACAAAGUGGGUGAUCGUACCUGACCUUUCGUGGGGAGGAAGCUGGUGAAGAGGGUAAGGAGUUAUUCUUUUUUUUUUUUUU